AAUUGAGUAAGGCAAUUAGCCUGGAUUUGCCAGAGGUUGAGAGAAUGGCAGCACUCCUCCUUUCUAGUUUCCAGUACUCUGCCCAAAAGCUUGAGCAGUCUCUGGGGCACAUGGAAGGCUUUGAUUUGGAAACUUUUCAGCAGAAUGUGGUCUGUCGGAUCCUGCAUUCAAUAAAUUGGUGAUUACCUUAAAGGACACAAUUGUGAAGUUUUCAGCAGAGAAUCAAGCUUGGGAUGAGCUGCUACUUUCUUAUCAGAAAAAAAUGGAAGAAAUAUCCAGGCAGCUAGAGUCAUGCGAGCUGAAACAGGCACCAGAGGAAUCUUUCAGCUACCUUGGGACAUCCCAAGCCCAUGUACUUCAAGCCAAGCCAGACUAUCAGAAAAUACUAGAUUGUCAAGCAGAAGUCUUUUAUUGCCUAGAGGGCGUGGUGAGUGAUGACAUCAGUUAUUGUACCAUUGUUUUGUCACUCCUUACUGUCUUUUUAAAAUUUAAUGUUAUUAACUAG